UUAGUCUUACGUAUCGCGGCAAGGUCCAUCAGGGGCUUGAACUCAUGAAGGUUAUGUUGUCAAGUCGUACGAGUAGACGACUGUACCACGAGGCCGGUCAGAUAACAGUUAUUACAAACUUACCGAAUGUAAAUAUCAGAAAUAGUCCUUACUUCUCGUUUGAUUCGUCCAUCAACGCGAAGAUAACUUUACCCACGAAGGGGAUCCCAUAGCCUCAUGUAAUGUGUAUGUACAUUUUAUUUUACAGUUUACUUCCACCAGAUGUAAUUCGAAUAGGCGAUUUGAAUCUCUAUGACGAUCGAGAAGAUGCAUUAGUGCAGGAACGAACAAUUAUACGCGUAAUACGUCAUCCGCUCUACAAUACUUCUUCGGUUUUCUAUGACAUUGCACUGUUGAUGCUGAAUGAAAAAGUCAAGUGAGUUUCUUAGUGAAAAUUUGGAAACAAUUUCCUAUAAUAAUUAGCCAAAUGUCCAUAUUUAAGUAUAUAUUUUGAAGUUAUGCCAACGUGUUUAUGGUUGGACGACAAUAUACCGUUCUCAAAGGUCGAGGCUGCUGGAUGGGGUACUAGCGGAUUUGGUGAGUUUAUGCUUCAUAAUAUAGAAACUGCGUAGCAGAAUUAUGAUGCUGUAUUAACGCCAUUGCUUAAGGACUUAGCGACGCUUUUAUGUGAAAAUUCAUUCUUUUUUUUGUAAUCAGGAUAUGGCAAAACAAAUAUUCUCAUAAAAGCAGAGCUGAAGCUAAUGGCAAACAAAGAUUGUGAGUCAUAUUAUAGUCAAGUUGCUUCAGUAAAAAAUGGUCUGAUGGAUCACCAGCUCUGUGCCUGGGAUAAAGUAAUGGACACAUGCCCGGUAAGUCUUCGAUAAAGAACUACAAGUGAUGAUUUCUUUCGAACUUAACAUUAUGAUAACAAAUAAUGCUAGGGAGAUUCCGGAGGACCGCUACAGCACAAACUAAUCUUUGGAGACUAUAAAGUUCCGUUUCUGGUCGGUGUAACAUCGUUUGGUCUGUCGUGUGGAAAUUCUCAACCAGGUGUGUACGUAAAGGUGUCCAAGUUUGGAAGUUGGAUUGUUGAAACGCUACAACAACAUGGAGAACGAGUGACGGCCGCCAUGUUUGAGCCACUGGCUUGUGCUGGUAGGUACUUCUAUCAUCGUGAAAGAUAUGGACCAUCUAUAUUUGACAUACGGCCUCACAAUGUGCAACUCAUAUGGCCGAAACAGCCAUCUCCCGAAAGAUGUUCUGGUCUGCUUACUGAGCCCGAUGCCGUCCUUACGACGGCUCAAUGCGUCACAUUAUAUGGGUAAGUAGAUGAGUCCAAUAAUUCACAAGAUUUAACACUUUAAGCGUCGCGUCCAAUGAAAGCGUAUGACGGGUUUGCUCACCUCUCAGCAUUGUAUCAGACGCUCAGUGAUUUUCUUUGGAACGAAUGAGGGAGGAAAGGAAGAACGAGAACGACAUGCGAUACGCCAAUUAUCGCAAUGAAACAAAAGAGCGAUAAAAGUCGCACGAAACAUUGACACUCUCAUCACUCUCUUGCCAUACGUUACGUGCUCGCUCGAAAAACUGUGACGGUAGGCCGGCGGUCAAUGUUUUAAUGAAUGAUUUUGUUAAAUGUUAAAUCUUAGCUAUUCAAAGAGCUGCAAAGUCCUCUCUAUACUGUUUAUAUCUGCAAUGUACAAUAACGAAGUAAAAUAAAUACUUUAUUUACAGAACUGCUCCUACCCAUGUGAAAUUGCACGGCUCGGAGGUGAUCGGUAUCGAGGAAAUUGUUGUGCAUGAAAACUACACAGGCAAUCUUUUGUACAAUAAUAUUGCCAUUUUAAAACUUAACAGGUCUUCCCUGCAUCGUCCGGAUUGUAUAGAAUACGAUAUGCAUCCAUUGGAUGCAAAUGAAUUAAUUACAACUGGAAUCCUUCCAAAAAUAACAUACGCCAAGGACGAAAAACAACCGACUGGUAAUGAGUUCAAAGUCACUGUCAAUUUUACAAUAUAUUUUAUUUAUUUCUUGUCUUGCAGACAUCCGUUAUGAGCCGGUUGAAAUCAAUGUAUCAUUAUACGAAAACAUGAAAUGCAAUCUAUCUAGCGAAUUUCAAAACGAGCAUUAUUGUUUCGGCGUAGACGAGUUUAUUGUACCGGGAUCGUGUGAUCUUUUACUGGGUGGACCAAUUGGAGCUCCAGGAUUAAAAGGAAUGAAUAUUUUCGGGAAUGAUUGUGGAUUUCCAAAACCGGCAGUAGCGUUGAAUUUUGUAUCCCACAAGUCAUGGCUCGAGUCAGUUAUUCUACCAACGAAGAGUCUGCGAGAUAAACCUGCAAAUGCUGAUGUGUUGUCGUACCACGAUGAAGAUCUGGAACACGGAUCUCAAUGUAGCUAUUCCAACGAGGUGAACGGUACAUGUGUGCAUAUUGGCAACUGCUCCUCAAUAAUUGAUAUAGAAUACGCCCAGAAAAGAGUUAUAUUCUGCAAAAGUAGCUCUGUUGUCUGCUGCCCAACCAAUCUGUUGAAAAUGCAGCCAAGUGCAAUAGAGGUCGAAUUUAGCGAGUGUGAAUCACGAUACAAAAGCCUCAGCAAGUUACGGAUGGAAAAAAUAGCAACUGAUAGGUCGCUUCAAUAUUCACACACGGUUGCGAUAGGUUGGGAAACCGAAACCGAUAUGAAAUUCGAGUGCUACGGAUAUCUCAUCAGUACUCGCGGAGUGGUUACGGCUGCUUCUUGUUUGCGGCUUCGAUCUAGCAAUCCCACAAUCGUACGUCUUGGAGAACAGGGAUGGACUAAUAGCCACCUCAUAUUUAGACUGAUCGAAGCUACAACCGUGCAUCCGAAGUACAACGAAACGACUGGAGAGCAUGAUAUCGCUGUGAUAAAGCUAAAGGAAGCUAUCCAUCCUUUCGUCCAUCUGUUUCCAGUGUGUUUGUGGCAGAAUACAACCCACUCUCCAGUACAUCAAGGCAUUAUGCAUAGCGGUGAGUAAAUAAAAGUUGUUUACAGUACAGUCAUUAUAAUUGAUGAUUGGAUAACGCAUUUUUCAUCUACAGCCUCUGGUGUGCUUAUCCCCAUUCAUCCGAUGUACAAUUCGGACUGUGAAAAGCGUUUGAAUCGUUCGUUUACAAUCCCUGGAAUGGGUUGUAUGCAUACGGAGCAUGAAUCGUUUCUUGCAGACAUUCAUAGAGAAUGCUUAAACAUGCAAAAGUAUAAAAAUCUUGACCGUAACACUUACGGACGCUUCAAAACAGGAAAUCCUAUAAUAUGGCGAGAAUACAACAAAACUGGAGAAGCGAGUCUUACUGAGUUUCUGGUCAACAUCUACAGCUAUGGAGACUGUGUUGAUGGAUUUCCAUUACACAUUGUGCAUCAUGUUGCAUUCUACGUGGAGUGGUUCGCGAAAGUGUUGCAAUAAUUCGAUAAUAAAAUAAUUUGGUUUGAGCUCUCAGG